AGAAAACGGGAUAUGUGAAAGCAGUGAAUUCCAUUCAUCGUUCCGGGAGUGUUCACAUUGAAACAUUUGAACGUUUUCAACUGUAGAGUAACAUGGCAACUACAGAUGUGAGACUCAACCAUACAAUAUACAUCAACAACUUGAAUGAGAAAAUCAAGAAAGAUGAACUGAAAAAGUCGCUGUACGCUAUCUUUUCACAAUUCGGACAAAUUUUGGACAUCUUGGUGGCGCGAAAUUUAAAAAUGAAGGGCCAGGCCUUUGUUAUAUUCAAGGAGAUCAACAGCGCCUCCAAUGCCCUGAGAUCCAUGCAGGGCUUCCCCUUCUAUGACAAACCUAUGCGUAUUCAGUAUGCUAAAUCAGACUCAGACAUCAUUGCUAAAAUGAAGGGGACCUAUGUGGAACGUGACCGUAAAAAGGAGAAGAGGAGGCCCAAAGCCGAAGGAGCAGGGUCCAAGAAAGGUGUGGCAGCAAUGGUGGCUGGGGUGCCUUCUGCCAUACCUGGAAUGCCUCCCAUGAGCCAGGCUCCCCGCAUGAUGCACAUUCCAGGCCAGCCGCCCUACAUGCCUCCUCCAGGCAUGAUGCCUCCUCCAGGAAUGGCUCCUGGUCAGAUACCCCCAGGCGCCAUUCCCCCGGGCCAGAUGAUGCACGGACAGAUGCCUGGACAAAUGCCACAACAGAUUGCAGAAAAUCCUCCCAAUCACAUCCUCUUCCUCACCAACCUGCCGGAGGAGACGAACGAACUCAUGCUCUCCAUGCUUUUCAACCAGUUCCCUGGCUUCAAAGAGGUGCGCCUGGUCCCUGGUCGCCACGACAUCGCCUUUGUGGAGUUUGACAACGAGGUGCAGGCUGGCGCUGCGCGGGAUGCACUACAAGGCUUCAAGAUCACACAAACAAAUGCUAUGAAGAUAUCAUUUGCUAAAAAAUGAGACCCCUCUUCACACAGGUUCCUAUCUCUCCUUUUUUCCUCCUCACUUUUAAAAAAUGUAAAUUGCUGAGAUGAAGUCGAUUCUGGUUUUAAACUUGCUGAUUUAUGAUCAGUGCUAUAUUCUUUUCUUCCCGGAUUACAUGUAAGUAUGCAUUCUUUGUGUCAAGUUGCUGUAUUAUCUUUUUACAGAAUUUUGAAAAUAUUGGCUAAAAAAAUCUGGAUCAUAUUGAUACAACUAAAACUAAUUUUGGAAAUUAUUUUUGGCUUUAUUCUCAAAUUUAUAAGCAACUUGACCUGUUUUCCUUUUUUUCUUUGUCUUUUUAUUUCUAUAAAGCAUUGCACCCAGAGUCUGGUCCCCAGACAUUGUACCUGGCGCUUUAUCUCUUUUAAUAAAAUGUUUUUAUUUAA